AAUUUCGCAACAAGUAACCCUUAAGCAAAAAAAUUACUUAAAUGUUAUACUCUUCACCUAAAGUAUCAAUAAAAUAAAAUAAUUUAUUCUCGUCUUUUGCUUUUGAACCCAAGCUAUGGCAUUCUAUAUGAUAAAGAAGGUGGUCACACUAUGUGCUAAAAAAGCGCGCGGCGUGUUUUUGCAAACAAAACAAUUUAGUAAAUCGCUGGCUUCUAUUAUAUAUUUAACUAAUUACGAGUGUUUAGUGAGCAACAAACCGCUAUGGGAAUUCUAGGCUUAUCUAAGCUUAUUGCGGAUUUGGCUCCGCAGGCCAUUCGCGAAAGUGAAAUAAAGAACUUUUUUGGUCGGAAAGUGGCAAUUGAUGCCAGUAUGUGCCUGUACCAGUUUCUUAUUGCGGUGCGCUCCGAAGGCGCGCAGUUGGCCACUGUUAAUGGCGAUCCCACAUCGCAUUUGAUGGGCAUGUUCUACCGCACUAUUCGAUUGCUGGACAAUGGAAUUAAGCCGGUAUACGUUUUUGAUGGGAAGCCCCCAGAUCUAAAGUCCGGGGAGCUGGCCAAGCGUGCCGAACGGCGGGAGGAAGCGGAAAAAGCAUUGAAGGCUGCCACCGAUGCGGGAGAUGAUGCUGAGAUCGAAAAAUUCAAUCGCAGAUUGGUCCGGGUGACCAAGGAGCACGCCAGGGAAGCCAAGGAACUGCUUAGUCUGAUGGGUGUACCCUAUGUGGAUGCACCCUGCGAGGCGGAGGCUCAGUGUGCUGCUCUUGUUAAAGCAGGAAAGGUCUACGCCACUGCCACAGAGGAUAUGGAUGCCCUCACCUUUGGUUCCACAAAACUUCUGCGUUAUCUCACCUACAGCGAGGCACGCAAGAUGCCUGUCAAGGAGUUCAGCUACGAGAAGUUGCUGGAAGGUCUGUCUAUCAACAGCCGAGAAUUCAUUGAUCUCUGCAUCCUGCUAGGUUGUGAUUAUUGCGAGAGCAUCAAGGGAAUCGGACCGAAGCGGGCCAUCGAGCUAAUCAAUAACUACAGAGAUAUUGAGACCAUACUAGAUAACUUGGACACCAGCAAGUACACAGUGCCCGAGAACUGGAACUACAAAGUGGCCCGUGAACUCUUCAUCGAGCCUCAGGUAGCCAAUGCAGAGGCCAUUGAUCUUAAGUGGGUCGAACCGGAUGAGGAGGGCCUAGUGAAGUUCCUCUGCGGCGACCGGCAGUUCAGCGAAGAACGCGUUCGAAACGGAGCUAAGAAACUGUUGAAAUCCAAGCAGGCACAGACCCAGGUACGACUCGAUAGCUUCUUUAAGACCCUGCCCAGCACUCCAAAUGCCAAUAAUGCCGCCAAAAGAAAGGCCGAGGAUGCUAAAAAGAGCGCCAAUAAUAAGAAAGCUAAGACUAGUGCCGGUGGUGGUGCACGAGGUAGGCGACCCAAGUAGUAACACCCUGUUCUUAUCUCGAAAAACGUACAAUUCUUUAAUUUUAACUUAACCAUAUUUAAAGCCUAUGCAUACAAUAAAAACUACAUCUUUGAGCUUAA